AGUUCGCGGGGAAAUCGCGGGUUUUUCCUCAUUGCACUGAAGGUUAUUGAGGAAACGAUACCAUAUCAUGCUCGUGAUUAUUUCUCCCCUUUUUCAGACUGCAGGGUGGGAGAUGCAACAAUGGCCUUGAGAACAGCAGGAAGUGUGUUGGUGGUCUUUCUCUGGUCUGUAGCAGUGGUACUGGGUCAGACUGGCUGGAGUGUGACUUGCACCAAGAAGAGUAUCUGUGCCUUUAAGGGGUCAAAAGUGGAGCUGUCCUGCUCUUACACAUAUCCCAGCGUUCAUACAAUCACAACAACCUUCUGGUUCACUAAAUAUGAUGCUGAGGGGAAACCUGUGAGUCUGAGAGAUGACCCAGACUACAAUCGUCGUGUGACGUACCAUAGAGAUAAGAAGAAUAGACUGACAAUCAGAGACCUGAGAGAGAAAGACUCAGCUACGUACAAGUUCAGAUUUAUAACAGAUCAGACUGGAGGGAAAUAUACUGGUGAUCCUGGAGUCACUCUGUCUGUAACAGGUCUGCAGGUGAAGGUGACUCCUGCUGGAGAGGGACAGAGGACACUGACCUGUAGCACCACCUGCACUCUGACUAACAACUUCAACCCCACCUACAUCUGGUACAAGAACAGACAACCUGUAAGAAAGGCCUCCUCCCCCAUGUACUCCAUCAGCAGUGAGGAUGCAGACAGUUACUCCUGUGCUGUAAAAGGCCACGAUGGUCUCAGCUCUCCUGCAGUGUAUAAACCAAAGAGCACCUCAGUGUCAGUCAGUCCCUCUGGUGAAAUAGUGGAGGGCAGUUCAGUGACUCUGACCUGCAGCAGUGAUGCCAACCCACCUGUGGACAAAUACACCUGGUACUUUCAAAAUGAGACUUUUCUAAAUGGAUUUGGACAGAUGUACAACAUAAGUAAGUUCAAGUCUAAGGACAAUGGACAUUACCACUGUGAGGCCUGGAAUGGAAGAGGAUCUAGGAACUCUACAGCUCUGAUGAUCAUUUUACCAGGGAAACAGACCUCAGUUGUGACUGCAGCUGUAGGAAUCAUAGUGGUUGUUCUGGUUCUCAUCCUCUGUCUCUCUGGACUCAUGUGGUUCAGGAAGAAGUCCUCCAUAUCCACCUCUGACACAAGAGACACAUCAGAGAAUGUACAGGGAGACUCUAGUCCAGUGUAUGAAAACGUCUCAAGCGUGGCCAUGGCCCCUACUGCAGCAAAGACAGCAGCCACCGUCGACCAGGAUGAUGUUCACUAUGCCAGCGUCCACUUCUCUCGCUUCAAAAACCAGGAAGUGCCUCUGUACUCCACCGUCCAGCUGCCUCAACCCCAGAAACAGGACGAGGAUGUCCAGUACGAUGCUGUAAAAUUCAACCUCUCCAGUGCUGCCAACCAACCCACGGCAGCACAAGCAGCUGAGGAGGACUCUUCUGAGAUCUAUAGUAGAGUCAACAAACCCAGAGGACCUGAACACAACAAACCCAGAACCAAGAAGACCUGAACACAACAAGUUUGACAGAAACCUUGUAUAUCUGGACAUGUCUAGUCCAACUAAGUGUUAUAAUAAUAUAUCAUGAUAUGCCAUUUAGAAAUGCUUUCAUCCAAAGUGACUUAUUAUGUGUGGAUCCAUCUUUCAUGCCGGUGGCACCAUUGGGAAUUGAACCCAUACACCAUGUUCUACCAACUGAGUCACAGGACUAUUGUAUUCACACUUAGUAGGAGUGCUGAUCUAGGGUCAGUUUUGCCUUUUAAACUAUGAUGAAUAAGAUGGGAAACCUUGUAAAUCAUUUGUAUGUUAAAUAUUUUUCCAUAAAUGUUUAAGUAACAUGGAACAGAAUCUGAACACAACUUUGCUUUGUAUUUCUGUAAUAGCCUCGAUGUACAGUUCUAUUUUAUAUGAAGGCUGAGAACAUUAUAAAUAUAUGUUUUAAUUUCUUCUUGAUGUUUGCUCACAGGAACAAUACUUCUAUUCUACAGUUGUCACGACUUCCACCGAGGGUGACUCCUCUCCCUGUUUGGGCGGUGCUCGGCGUCGCCGGCCUACUAGCUGCCACCGAUCCCCUUUUCCUUUUCAUUUAGUGCUGUCUAGUUUUACACACCUGUGUCUUGUUUUCUCUGAUUUAGGUGGGUAUAAUUUUCCCCGCUGCAGGUUAGGCUGCGUGCGGGAUUGUUUGCCUUAGGGAACAUGUAAGGGGUGCGUGCCUGCACCACGGGCGUUGUUUGUUUCAUUUACGGUAUGUGUUUACCGGGGACAUAUUUGCUCGUGGCUAGUGGAGUUGAGGUUUCUCCCCUGUGUGUGUCGCUGUGCUUGUGGAACCACCAAAAUAAACAAUGGAUUCUCCUUG